GUUAAUGAGAUUCAUGUUUGACAAGCUGCGGAAUUUUGCUCUUAAAUGACAAACUGUUGAAUAUAUUCCUUGAUUAAAUACGACGACAUUAAGAAAACUAACAUUUCUAAUUGAUUGUUCCGUAAAAUGUGUUGAUUGUGUCGUGGAAGCGUUCAAAAACACUACCGAACUGAAGCCAUUUUCUCCCGUAUCGUUGUGUAUUCCAUGUACAUGUAUGUACACUACAUACAGCAUACUCGGUGACCGAGAUGCAUAAAAACUGAUGAGUGGGCGGUUGCUCAUUCAUUGAUGCUGAUGACUUAUGUGCUGCAUUUAGAACGAUUCGACGGGUGUGAUCAAGGUUUAGGUGUGGCUUCUAUACUGGAUGAAUUCUGUGAAGCAAGAAAGGAGAAUCAGGCCGGGAGAGGAGAGGAGAGAACACUCGGAACAGUCACAGUCAAACUCAAAGAGUAAGAGAGACUACUCAGUCUACUGUCAGACAGUGUCAGUGAGAGUCGGUGAAUGACGUCGGUUCGGACUGGAAAGCUUCUACUCUUUCUUUCAGAACUAAGCAUUGAGUGUUGAUUAUGUGUGUCUGUCGUCACUACUGACACUGGGAACCCGAUUUAUCAUUUGGUCGUAAAUUGAGUGAUUGAGGAGACUUCAUUUCAAGACAUCAAUUUGUCACCAACAACCGCCAUGGGAGAACCAACGAAGGAAGUUUCUGUCUCCGAGACAAAUAACGGAAAUGAACACCCAGUUUCAAAAGUGGAAUCUGUUGAAAGUAUCUCAGCAGCAACUGAAAACGAUGAUUCAAGAAAGACUUCACGGUCCAGUGCAAUGUCAUCUGGUUCAAUGUCGCUAAGUUCCAUAUCAAUUAGUCCAAGGUCGACUAGUCCGCUAAGAAACCUAAGUCCCAAGUCUGUGAGUCCACAGUCAUCUAGUCCGAGGUCAAAUAGUCCAACUUGCCCCAGUCACAAUCCAGCAAUACAACAAGACGAUGGCAUGAUAUCACAAGCCUUGAUCAGUAAAGAUGACUCAUUGGCUGCCUGUCCUAGUUCUUCUCAGGGGGGAGAACCUUCAGAUGAAAACUCAAAGCGUGGUAGCAGGAUUUAUCGGACAUUAACUUUUCGUCGAAAAAAAACUACAGAGAAAGUUGUGACUGAGGUGAAUGGGGACAAUAAAAAGUCACGUAAAUACUGGUGGUCUUUUCGGUUCAAAAAGAAACUUUUGCAACCGACGAGGAGUAGAAAAGCGACAUCUAAGUCACAACCAGAAGGACAAGCGCUUGAUACUCCAAGUUGUGUCUGCAUGGGGUAUAGGAAACGGGAUGAAUAUGCAUUUAAGUCGGAUAUCGGAGACCACUCUGCUGAUGCUUGUGGGUCAUCAGAUGAAUCCGAUUCAGACACUGACAUUGAGAAAGCCAGACUUCUCAAGGCUCGGCAAAUAUCAGCUAAGAAGUUCCCUGCUCUUGAUAUGUCAAAGUUCCAUCCGGAUGACUAUCCAGUGGACGACCCUGAUGAAAUCAUGAUUGCUCAAAGAGCCCGUGAUAUGGCCGAGGGCAUUGAAGUCCCUCCAAAUUUUCCGUACCAUAGUGGAUUGGCGGCGGCAGUGUCCUCAAGAGAUCUAACUGCUGUGUCAACAACAACUCAUGAGGCGCAAGUUGUUUCAGAUUUAAGCGGCGCCAUGGAAAGUCAUUGUGUCGUCACUACAACAUAUCCAACAGUCACACCUGCAGCUGAAACAGGAGCAAGUUACAGUAGUGAGUCCCACUUCAGCGAGUACGGGAGCCUGACCCCACAGGGGACAUACGUUCCUCAUACGAUUCACACUCAAGUGGAUUACAUUCACUGUCUGGUACCGGAUCUUCGUGAAAUCACAAACUGCAGCUUCUACUGGGGUAUCAUGGAUCGAUAUGAAGCAGAGAAACUGUUAGAAACAAAACCAGAAGGAACUUUUCUCUUGCGGGAUAGUGCACAGGAGGAGUUCUUGUUCUCAGUCAGUUUUCGGCGAUAUGGACGGUCCUUGCAUGCGCGCAUUGAACAAUGGAACCAUCACUUCAGCUUUGAUUCGCAUGACCCUGGCGUCUUUUCAUCGGACACAGUUUGUGGUUUGAUCGAACACUACAAGGACCCAAGUUGCUGUAUGUUUUUCGAGCCAAUGUUAACACUGCCUUUGAACCGGAAUUUCCCAUUUUCGCUUCAGCACAUGUGUCGGUCUGUGAUUGGAAGCAGAACAUCUUACGAUGGGAUCAACAUUUUACCCCUGCCAAAAGCUUUGAAGGAAUACCUGCAGUACUAUCACUACAAGCAGAAAGUACGGGUCAGGCGGUUUGAGGUUCACUGAAGUCAAACCUGACAUGAAGCUGUACAGAUUGUGCUGAACUGUAUCAUGUGCCACUGCCAAUUAUUUAGUGUCAGAUGCUAUGGUUUUACAUGUGCUGUUAUGUCAUGCAUGAUUAUGGUCGAAGAUAUGGUGAAUGUUUGAAAUGUCCAAUGGACACCUGUGGUUGGUCGGGAUUUGGUUCCUGAUUGAUUGAUCACUUCCUCGUGUGAUAUCGAGAAGAUGACACUGUGUACGACAUAAAUGAUAAUGCACACUUUACAAAAAGGUGUUGUGUCUUUUAGAUGCUUUGUUCCGUCUAGAAAAAUCUACUUGACGCCUUUGAUUUCCUGACUUCUCUUCAAAGAUACAUGUAGGGUGUACUCAUAGUUUAUGUGGUUUAGUGUGUGUUGCAGUCCCAAAGAUUAGUAAACUGACAUACAUGAAGGUUUGGCCUGGUUAACUUAAGUUGCAAUUUUUUACUUUUUUUAUGAAUUUAAAAAUGUAGAUUUUUUUGAUUCAACACGUUUUGCUUAUAGUGUACGGAGAGUGGAUUCUGGUGAAAUUUGACGUUUGAGUGUUUUUACCAAAACUCCAAAAAAAUAUUUUUUGACGGCCAGAAUUUUUGUGAGUGGGCUGUGCAUGGAGCAAUUUCUAUACAAGCAGGGCGGUUUUCAUUGUAACUUAAAGUUCCUGUUUACCUGUUCUACCUUUCAUUUUAAAAACAACAGCAAAUCUACUGUACAUGUAACUCUGCAUCCAUGAAAUGUUUUUCGUUGUCUGUAUUGUGAGGUUAGAGAAAGCCACUUUCAAAUUCUUUUUGUGCCAGUCAUAGGACUGUAAACAAGACCUCAGAUGUAUCUAUAUGUAUUGGUAUUGGUUUUGACGUCCAAAAUGGAUCUGAAUGGCCUCUAUUAUUUGAGUAAUAUCUGUUGACUACGAGGGGCAGUCAAGAGUAAGCACAACUACACGACUUGGUUAGUCCUGAUUUUGUGCUGACCGUACUUGAUGGCUUGUCACUUGGGGGAACAGAAUAUGAACAAAGCUAUUUUCUUUAAUUGCUUGCGUGUCAGAUAGUUCCUAUAGAUUUGCCUCAUGUUGAUAUCAUACGACAAAAAUGGAUGCUAGAAGGAUACUGUGAUACUUGAUUGUAAGUGGAAAAGUUUGCACCCAUAAAUGCUAUCGGGUUUAGUUGGUUCUGUUAGCUUUUAAACAUUUGAAAUAUUAUGUGAUUUGUUGUUUGAAUUUGUUUUUUGAAAUUGUAUAUACCUUUUCUUAGUAGAUUUCCUUCCAUUCAACAUGUAUGAAAUGAGAGCAUGUAUGCCUAUUUUGUGGUGCUCUCUCUCUCUCUCUCUCUCUCUGACACUCUUCAUAUCAAUCAAAUGUGCCAGGCAGUGGAGCAAUUAUGAUUGAUUUCAAGAACUUUUGAUCCAACUCUUUUUAGGAAAAAAAAUUCGGUUUGAAAACUGAUUCUUUUCUGUAGAAAUAACGGAUGUGACUCGCUAAAUAAUAAAAUUACAAUAGACAAUUUAAAAUUAAAAUUUUUGUGGACAUGAUGUAGGGUUUUCUCUGUUGCAUCACAUGUGACCUAUUUGAUAAAGUUGGAUCUUUGUUGAAAUGUACUUGUUUGCUUGUUGUGUCCCACAGGUGGUUCUGGUCCGAUGGAGUGCAUUAUUGGCCCUGGGCAGCUUUCAUGGCAACAAAUAAUAAAUGUUAAGCCAAAUUUAAAAGUUGUACAUGUAUUUUGACCAUCAGUCUUUAUUUCAUCAUGCUGACAGUAAAAACUUAAAAAUGUGCUUUACAAAACAUGUGCAUUUUAUUCUAUCCUGGGUAGGCCAUCAGAACCAAACUAAGUCCUUGUUGUCUUUCGUCUACUCUAACCAUUAUUACGGAAUAGGUUUCUGUGUGUUACACCAAUUAUUUCAUAUUUUCUGAAUUUUACGUGUAUAUAUUAUUGAAUAUUUAUAUUUCAACAAAGAUUACACUUGAUUGAUAUGGUAUUUCUGUGCAGAGAUCAGGGCUGGUUGAUGUCCUCCGACCUGUUGUCAUGAUUACUGAUAGAUGAAACAUAAAUUGAAUGAAAUUUAUAUUGCGUUGAUAAGUUUGUUUCGACCAUUAUCAUCAUGCCCAAUCAAAGGAACACAUUGACUAUGGGCAACAAUAGACUCGUCUGCAACUUCUCUCAAUCAAAUUUCAGAGGGGUAACCCUCAAUUUCAUCGGUAUCAAAAGAUUGGGUGGGUCUAUUGUUACGGGAAAUCUGUUUCCCUCAUGAUCAAGCGGUCGGGCACCUGAAUGAUCUAUCCCCAUUGAUUGAAAGUGAGAAGAUAGUUUUUUUGUAUCUUGAUGACUAGGAAGAAAAUAUCACUCUUGCCAUUAUCACAAGCACCUUCUGACUGUAAGACACUUCGGAGAUGGAGAUGAAGUGUCACAGCGAACUCGGGAGUCUUUCAGAGACUCAAUGUCACAGCCACCUGUAAGUUGUGCAAACAUUACAGGGACACCAACAUCACAACUACCGCAAUUGUGUCAUAACAAGCCUAACAACUAUGUCAACAUCAC